AAUGCCUGUCACUUCCCAGGACGCUGGCAGCAGCAGCCGGGAGCCCCCGAGCCCUCGGCAGGUUUGCCUGUCCUUCCCCGCGAUCUGAUUGGAUAAAGUGGGGGCUCGACGGUGGCCGACGUGGGACAGUCUGGCAGUGGCAGGGGUCUCGGAAACCAUGGGUUAUUGCAAUGGCAGGUGCACGCUUAUCUUUAUCUGUGGCAUGCAACUGGUACUGAAGAUGGAUGGGCAUCAUUAGGUAUCUGUUAUUAUAUUGUCCCACAAAUGUCUUAACCGUUUGUGUGCUGGAGAGGCAAAUAUUUGACUUCCUAGGAUAUCAGUGGGCACCUAUCCUGGCAAAUUUUGUACAUAUUAUUAUCGUCAUUCUUGGUUUAUUUGGAACUAUUCAAUACAGACCUCGUUACAUAAAAGGAUAUGCUGUCUGGCUAGUCCUCUGGGUUACGUGGAAUGUGUUUGUUAUCUGCUUCUAUUUGGAGGCUGGGGACCUCUCAAAGGAAACAGACCUUAUCCUGACUUUUAAUAUUUCAAUGCACCGAUCUUGGUGGAUGGAGAAUGGACCAGGAUGUACGGUGACAUCAGUGACACCUGCCCCAGACUGGGCCCCAGAAGACCAUCGCUACAUCACGGUCUCAGGGUGUUUUCUGGAGUACCAGUACAUAGAAGUGGCUCAUAGUUCCCUCCAGAUUGUCCUCGCACUGGCAGGGUUCAUCUACGCCUGUUAUGUUGUGAAAUGUAUAACUGAAGAAGAGGACAGCUUUGAUUUCAUAGGCGGCUUUGAUUCUUAUGGCUAUCAAGGGCCUCAGAAGACAUCUCAUUUACAACUACAGCCUAUGUACAUGUCGAAAUGAUACAGAUGGCUUUAGUAUGUCAGCUCCAGGACCUUUCAAAAAACUUGUUUUGCAGUGGCCUCCUGCAUUUAUGAAGAGCAAGAAGCAACUGAGUUUAAAUGUCUAUAUAUAUUAACAAAAUAAACACAAACACUAGGCCACAUACACUAGGUCACACACACACACACACACACACACACACACACACACACACACCAAUUUUACUUGGCCUCAUUUUUCUAAUUGAAACAAACAAAUAUGCAGGACACGCCCAACUUGGAUUUCCUGAAAAGCAGGCUUCUUUCUCCCAGGCCUUUGUAAAGUUUAAAGGAGAUGUGUGGGUGCCCUCUGCUGGCUAUCACUAACACCUCUGUAAACCAGCCGGUGGGCUUCUGCAAGCUGCAAAGUCAUCCAGGGCACAGUAGCCUGAGAGUCCUGUCUUCUGCACUCCAUAGUCUUGAUAGCACCACGGCUAUGUAGGCAACAUAAUUACAAAAACAAACAAACAAAACAUCCAUGAUGACCUUGAAACUGAACUCUGAAAUGGCAGGUUGUUUGCCCUAAAGGCUGUACCGUACAUACUUGCCUUAACCCACCUAAGUUGUGUGCCCAAGAAUCUCAGUGCAGACAUCCCUAAGUCACUUCCUUUAGGCUAACACGCUGCUAAUAAUUCCGAAUGAGUUCGAGUCUGUGUGUUUUAAGUCAAGAAAUAAGACUGAAUAACCCAGCAGCUCCAGUGUGUCUGUGUACGAAAACUGCCAGCUGUCAGCAAAGUGCUUUACCAUUGAGCCUCCACGGUGGCCAAAAGAGACAAGUUACAAUAAUAACAAUAAUAAUUGUCAUCUUUAUAAUUCUUAAAUAUGGUCUUCUGAUGGGGUUGUGUGAGACAAAGUAAAACUUAAUAACUAAACUCAAUCUACUGGAAGCAGAAAGCAGAAAUGGCAUAACUCACUGAUUUUAUUUAUUGCACUCUAGGUGCUUUUAUAAGUAUCUACAAAUGUCUUUUACUAACACAAACAGCUGUGGAUUUCUACCAACAGAGGCCAACAGAAUAUGUAUUAGCUAUGUUUACUCUUUUAUAACUGAUUCAAAUUGAAGACCCUAUGUAGGUGAACUUUUUUCCUAACUUCAGCGUAUGAGAUUAAUUUUUGGGUGGGCGGGGGGGAGCAAUAGUUACCUUGGUGAAAUAUUUGAGAUCUCUUUGUGGUAAUUGGGGGAUCCGUUGUGUGUUAGAGUGUAUUUUAAUCCUCCUGUAUUAUCGUGGCAGAAAAACUGUGCUGUUAAUGUAGUUGGCAACAAGAUGCCUUUGGAAACUUAAUAGUAGGUCAAUGUGUUUAUGGAAUAUUAUGAAUUCCUAGGAAAUUUUGUUCUAUAUAUUCAAACAUUAUUUGAUUUUCAUUAGUGAACAACAGAAUUAGCUCAGGCUUGUCAGGAACUCAAAUGAGUCAUAUUUUUUCUUGGAUCCAUCUGAGACACUAAAAUCAAUUUAAAAAAAAAAUCCACCAUCUUUAAGUGCAGUGAAAUUCAGACAUGAAAAGUCAUAAAUUGGCAUGGAGCAACUUUUUCUCUUAGUUUCUAUGAAGUUUCAGUUAUUGGGUUAACCUACUUCAAACCUUAACGCAUUCAGAUCUACAUAAACCAGUCCCAUUACUGUGUUGCAUGGAUGUCUAUAAUAUACAUGCAUAUACAUUUGAAAAUAACAAAGGAACAAAGGUUACUAUUGGAACAUAAAAGACAAAAAAAGAUUCCAGCACUUUCUUGGUAGCUUGUAUACGUUUGUCCAUACACACAUGUAUAAAACAUACCAUUAUAAACAUGUCAGUGAAACCUCAUCUAAUGAUUUUAUAGUGACAUGCAUGUUCAAUGUAUGAGGAAAAUAUUUACCAAUGUAUUGUCCUUUGAUUCUUAAAAUAUAAAUACUAUACAUGCCAGAAGCUAUUCUAAUGUAACUAUUAACAUAACUAUUAAAAUGAGGUUUCACUGUACAUUCAUACUAUGGUUAGAUUCCACCUUCUAGGACAUGUAUAUGGAUAAAGAUUGAAAUGCACAGAGAAUAAGCCCUCAUAUUCUUGCUUUAAGUUGCAGCCAAGUUACCACUUAUUCACUACUAUCAUAACCACCAAAAUUUUCAGAAAACAGUUGUUGACUACUAAAAAGUAAUCAGUGGAUAGGUCUUUUUCUUGGAGCAGUGAGCACAGUAAUGUGAUUAUAUCUGGAAGAAUAUCUAAGUUGUACAGCUGUAUCCUCCUCAAAAUCCGGUGAAGAAUGCUAUUUUUCUAGGCUGAGCUUUUGUUAUAAACCUAAUAUUCGGAAGGCAAGAGUUACAAUCCCGAUGUGUCUUUUUUCUUUUUUUGCGUUUGUUAAUUAUGAAUGUAUUUUUAACAGAGUGAUUUUUUUGACUUACUAGUGUAAUUUGCAUUUUAAAAAUAAAUGGCAAAACAAUUAA